AUGCACUUGGAUACUAAGCUUCUCGCUUUCCACACUUCUGUCAAUCACAUAAAUAUCAAACUCUGUGUUCGUAAAAUCAUGUACUCACUUUCAUCAUAUCAAGACUUAGCAUUUCUAAUACCCAAUGGCUGGAAGGACGGCAAUCAGCUCCCUCCAAAGUUUCUUAUCUUCUUUGAUGAUAUUCAGGAUUCUAUAGCGGUGGCAAAAAAAAUACAGAAAUGA